AUGAGUGAAGAAAUACAGGCUAUGAAAUAAUUGGUGCCUUAAGUGGAUAAGUUAAAGACAGCCAAGAGUGAAUAGUAAUAUGAAGCGAUUCUGCAAGCAUUAUAACGAGUGGAGUAGUAUAUGGAGGAGACUGUCACCGCAGAUGGUCGACAAUAUUUGCCAGAGUUAGUAAACAUAUGUGUGAAUUUCGUCAUCAAUCAUAAAGCUUAUCCUGAUAGAGUGCUUUUCAAUAUAGAGUCAUUCAUAAAGUGUGUGUUGAAAUACAUUUCCAAUAAUCUCUAAGAUGAGAAGGUAAGCUAAAUGUUUAGGACCAUAAUGGAUCCGUCUCGUAUGAUAUAUGAGCAUAAUGCACAUCGUACUGAAUGGCAUGAUCAAUUCAUUAAAUAUUCUUACUCUCUCAAUCCUCAAUAUAAGUAAUUCAUCGAUCAACUUUAAGAAGGAGCUUACGUAGAUUGUCUGCGCAACUGUCGUAGCACUGCCAGAUUGAAUUGGUCAAGAGGAGUGGUCGAAGAACGCACUGAGGAUAGCAUAAAGGUUAGAUAUUUAAAUGAGCAGUCCGUCAAACAUAUUUACAAUAUAAGAAGUGGCAAUCUCAUGCCAUACAGGACUCGAUCUCAAAGAUUAGAUCAAAUGUUCAAUCUUUAAGUAGGCUAGGUGAUCUUGGCAACUCAAUCAGAUAAAUGGGUGUUGAGCACCAUCUAAGAGCGCAUAGAGGAUCAGGAUAUUGAGCAAAUUCUAAAAUACAAUGUGGCAUUUCGAUUUUAUACAGAGGAUGGAAAUUCCAUAGACGAUGGAACUCAGAUGAAAUACAUUGGUUAUAACAAAUAUCAUGACGAAUAAAUAACUGCAUGUCAUCCUCGAUUGGCACUAUCUGGCGAUCACAUCGUAAGGAAAUUCAAUUCAAUUGAAUAAUACAUUGACGAUAGUUAUGAUAUCCUAUAUGAAUAAGACUAUUAGGAGGAGAAGUUCCAUGCCAUCUUGAGACCUAAGCAAUCAAAGAGUUUCCUUUUAAUUUAAUUCAUCAAUUAUUUUGGUUAUUUUGGAGGAUUUGAAAAGAUACUCAACAUCUAAUCAGUGGAUAUUCUAGCCAAUUACAUGUCUGCUAUUGGCAACAUUCAUGCUUAAUUGUUCAGAUCAUUCUGUUAAGAGUAUGUUCCAAAAUUGCAGGGAUUGAGAUAAACUCUGCUUCAUUCGGAUGAGCAAACCCUGAGAAACAUGGGAAGAGAAAAGAUGAAUUUGAUUAUCCAAGCCUUUAAAGUACUCUUGGAUAGAAUUAUGAGUGAGGAUCAAAGGAGAGAAUGGCUUUAAAAGUUGAGUUUGGAAUUUGUGUAGGUUUGUUUCAAUUGCAAUUUCUUGGAUAAGAAAAUUAUGGGAUUAAAGUUAUUGACUGAUAUGUUGAAGUAAGCUAGUCUUGACAAGUGUCCCUAAACUGUCUUGUAAUGGAUUGAUUCUGAGAACAUCAUGGAGACAUUGCUUCAUCACAAUACGCAUCUGCAACUAUUGGAGAGAACUAAAGAAUUGAUUAGAAUUUAUUUGAACAUCGAUAAUGCAUUUACUGCCAAACAUAUGUCUAUGAUCUGGGAUUUGAUGUAGUAAAAUGAUAAUGAAUUGAGACCCAUCAUUUUUAAAUUGAUAAAUGAAAUUGCUUUUGCUAUGAGAGAUUAUCAUGUGAUUUUCUUUAUGGAACAAAUCAAAUAAUUGAAAGAGGAUUAAAUAUUGAUUGAGCAUGUUUAAUUAUUAUUUGAGAUGAAUAGAUAUUAAAUUAAAAAUUAAGAAUUGAUUAUUAUGACAAUCGAUAAUUUAUGGAGAAUAAUCGAAUAUGCUGGUUCAUCAUAAAAGCAGGCAUUAGAAGAUAAAUCAAGGUCAUAUCUUUGUGAUUUGAUCAAGAAUCUAGAGAUUAAAGAAAUUAAAGUUUAAAUGGUUCAGAAAUUGAUGUCUAAUAUAUAAUAAAUGAAAGUAGAGAGUUCGUCAAUCAAAACAUUAUCUCAUUUAAUAUGUUCAUUUCCAUCAAAACAAUAGCCAUAAUAAUAACCACAAUUACCAGCUAAUAAUGUAGAAACCUAACCUUCUUAAGUUAUGACUUACCCAUUUGUGUAGAACAAUCCCAAUCUUAUGCUUACAUAGAAAAUCAAAGAAGAAAUUGAAUAAUCUACUAACACUGAAAGCAAAGUGGAGGAGAUCACAUAAGAUGAAUUUGUGAAGGAGCUUAUCCAACAAUCUAAUAUACAUCAAAUAUUAAGAUAAAACAUAGAGAAUCUUCGUAUUUCAAAUAGAGUCAUUAAUGCAGAGAACCUAUAAGAAACAGCAAGAUAUAUGAAUAAAUUAUAAGAAAGAAUUCUAUUGAUUAAAACUUUAAUUAAAAUUAAUGGCACUGCUACAGAUAUCAUUGAUCAAUAGUUUUUAGAUCUGAUUUGGAAUGAGUUGAUUUUGAGACCUAUUUGUAAAUAGGAAUGCGACAUGGCCAGUAAUUGGUUAAGAGAUUUAGUAGAGAAAGAUGAGUAAUUCAGUCAAACUUAAUUAGAUACAUUUUACAGUCGAUUGUUGAAUUCAGAUUCUCAUCUCACUGAAAGUGCAUUCAAUUGCUUUUAGGCAAUAUUGUACUAUAUAAAUUAAAAACAGCAUCGAUUACAUAGACAAUAAUCAAACGUGAAUUAAAAUUGUGAUCAAUAUGGAAAUGUGAUCAGUAUGACCAAUACAAAUGUAAAUGAAAACGACUAGCAAAUUGAAUUGUCUCUACUAGCGGAUGUGAAUUAAAUUAUAGGAAUUGAAUAUUUAUGGCACAUAGUGUUUAAUUCCCAAUUGGAUAAAGCAGUUUAAUUGUUAGUGAAAUUGAAUUUAUCACAAUAAGAACAAUUCAUAGACAGGAUCUUGGAUAAGAUGGAUUGUACAAACGAAUAGACAAUACUUAAAUGCUUGGAAGUUCUGAGAAAUUUAUUGAAUGAAACUGAAACGAAGGGUGUUGGAUCCUUGCUUUCAUUGGAUGGAUUAGUGAAAGGUGACGGAUUUAGUAUCAAUAUCAUAAAUGACAUGGGAGAUGGAGCUCCUAGUAACAGAACAACAAUAAAGGUGUAUUCUAGAAUGACUAUGUUUGAAUUGAGAAGAGUGAUAGCAAAAGAGUUAUAAACUAAUUGGGAAUAGGUGAAAUUAGUCAGAAAUGGGGUGACAGUGUAGGAUACAGAUAAUGGUAAGACAUUGAAACAGAUGAAUGUCAGAAAGAGUGAAGUGAUAAAUGUGUACAGAAGAAAGACAAAGCCAAUUCCUUAAUUGCCUUUGGUUGAGGAUAACAAAUUAACACCUAAAUUUAUUAAAGUCUUGCAUAAGUUGUUUGAGUUGUAUUCAACAGACGGUAAGAUGAGUUCAGAGCAAUUGUCGAGUUUUGGAGUGAAGGCUGCAAAUGAUGAGAGUUUUAAGGAUGGAAGGAAAAUCAAGGAAGUGUGGGUCUUGUAUGGAGAAUAGAAAGGAUAUUUAGCAGUUGAAAACUUUAUAUCUUUUUAUGAGGAUUGUUGUAUUUAAUAAAAGAUCUCGUCUAUAGUUUGGAAGAACUUGCAUUCAUUCGGUUAUAAGAAUGAUUUAACAUUAAUAGAUAAUGAUGAAAUUGACUUGGAUGAACAGAAAUUGCCUCGUUAUCAAUUGGCUCACAAUGAAAGAUUCUAUAGAUUGAUGUUUCACUUCAUUAAUCAAAGUGAUGAGGUUGCUUAGGAAUGUUGGAAGUUAUUGUGUUCUUUGCCAGUUUUUGAAGCAGCCAAAUAACGCAUACUUAACUUUGAAGAUUUCACUAAGGAUAGAUCAUAUCAAUUAAUAUAUUCAAUCAAAAUUAUAGAACAUCUUUUAUACACUGAAGAAUAUUGUAGAAACUUUGUUAAAUAUGGAGGGUUCAAAUAAUUGCAAUUCAUUUUAAAUAAUUUAGAAUAAGAAGACACUAAGAUUGUUAAAUUGGUGUAAUGCCUGAUUUUGAAUAUUCUCAGUCGACACAUAGCUGCUUAAUUCCAACCCUAAUUCAAGAAUAUCUAUCAAAUUCAGCAACACGUUAAACAACCAAUUUAAGCAACAUUUGAUAUCAUCGCAUAGAUAAUUGAUGGCACUUACCCUUCAUAAUCUGACAAUAAACCCGUAUUGAGAGUGAAGGAGACUGAAGAUUUCCUAGAAUUAGUCAAGUUUAUGGAUGGCUUAGAUGUACAAAUAGAUUAUGUUGAUUUACUAAAAUACAUCAUCAAAAUGCAAGUGGAUAUCGCUGAUGAUAGAUUUAUAAUAGAAUUUGCUUUAAUCUUAAUCACAACCAUCGUUGGAUUCAAUCUAGGAGAUUGUUAUGAUUACUUUGUUUCUUCAAUCCAAUCAAUAAAGUAAAGGUACGAAUAAUUUUUGUAUGCUCCAAAACAAUUAUUAAUAAGAAAGUUUGCAGGAAACUCUUUGUAUUUGAUUUUCAAAUGUUAGAAUCAAUUGGGGAGAACUCUGAUAAGUAUGUUGAUUGAAUAAUUCCCAAAAAAUGAAAAUAAGGAUUCUUAAUCAUAUUUCGAUUUAUUGGCAAAGUUGAUUCAGGAAUCUAAAUACAGUGAUAGGCAGUUUGCAGAGAAUAUCAUUACAUAGCUAAAAGAAUAUGAGCCAACGGAAUCAAGAAUUGGGUUGACAUCAGAUAAGACUCUCACAGGUUUGCUGUCCAUUUUAGAAAGUUUGAGUAUUGUGGAUCAAAGUAUAUUGACAUAACAAUUGAUCAUGUACUUAUACCAAGUUCAUUUAUUUUGUUUCCAUUUAAAUACAUUUUAACUUACUCCCUAGAAGUAACAUACUCCAGAUUAUGUGAAGAGCAAAUCUCCCGAGAGUAGAAAGAUUGUUUAUAGAAUAAUAAUAUUGUAUUUGAAAUAGAAUUACAAUCCUGAACUGUUGGAUUUAAAUAUAAUCAUUUACCAAAUCAUUAUUUUUAGUGGAUUUGACAUAAAAUUGAAUCCCAAAACAUACCACGGUUUUGUUGGCAUCCGAAAUUUGGGAUGCAUUUGUUACAUGAAUGCCAUGAUGCAGCAAUUCUUUAUGACUCCAGAAUUCAGAUACAGUAUGUUGAGAGCAGAGGAUGGUGGUCUAGAACAUCAAAUAGAUGAUAACUCUAUUCACCAAUUCUAGAGAUUACUUGCUUAUUUAGAAUUGAGUGAAAGACCCGAUUUCAAUCCUCAACAUUUUUGUUAUUCUUUUAAGGAUUACGAUAAUCAACCAGUCAAUGUAUCCUUAUAGUAAGAUGCUUAAGAAUUCUUAAAUCAGUUUUUUGAUCGUCUGGAUAAUUAAUUAAAGAAUAAAGGUUGGCAACAAUUUAUUGAAUCCAUUUAUGGUGGGUAGACUUGCAGUUAAAUGAUAUGUAGUGGAUGCAAAAAUAUGAGAGAGAAAUUUGAUCUGUUUUACACUCUUUCAGUAAAAGUCAAAGGUGUUAAAUCAAUCCAUGAAUCCUUUGAAAGCAUGAUUAAUGGAGAGGUCAUCAAAGAUUACUAUUGUGAAUAAUGCAAACAAAAGAAUGAUCUCAUCAAACGUCAAUGUUUACAAACCCUACCAAAUGUAUUGAUAGUACAUAUCCAAAGAAUUGUAUUCAAUCUAGAUAUCUUCAUGAAUGAAAAACUAAGCACUCGUUUGGAAUUCCCACACAAUCUAAAUCUAUAAUAGUAUACAAGAGAAGGAUUGCUUAACUCUGACAUCAAAUAGCAAUCAUAUUACUAAUACAAAUUGAAAGGAGUUGUAGUUCACAAAGGAACUGCUUUAUAUGGACAUUAUUAUAGUUUGAUUAAUACCAAGGAUGAAAAGUGGUUGAAAUUCAAUGAUUCUGUGAUUGAAGAUUUCGAUGUGAAAAGAUUACCAUAUGAAUGUUACGGAGGCAAAGAUACAGAAGAUGGCCAGGACUUUCAAGAGUCUGGCAGUAGUACUAAUGCUUACAUCUUAGUCUACGAGAGAAUCCAGAAAGAACAAGUCGAAUUGAAAUUCGCUGAUCUACAAUAAAAGCAAGAGAUUAUGCAGAAAUUCGAUAGUGUCAUUUAAGAGGAGAACAAUCAGGAACUUACAUAUAAAUUAGAUUAUAAAACUAUGACAUAACAACACAUACCAGACUCUUUGUAUUAGGAAAUUUGGCAUGAUAAUCACAGAUUUAUGGUAGAGAGACAUGUUUACAGUGAGGAGUUCUUUAGGUUUGUUAAGGAAAUUGGAGAGGCUUUUCCAUAUCCUAAGGAUUACACGUUAAUCACAAAUCCAGAAUAGGUCCCUUAGUAUUUUGGCAUUUACAAUAAUUAUUAGGACCUACAGGGAACUGAAAAUAUUCAAUUAUUGCUAUCCAAUAUGACAUACACAGCAAUAGAAUUGAUUGCUAGGUCAUCUGAUCAUUCCACUAUCAAAAGUUAUGUGCUUAUCAUCAUGAAUCUCAUUAACAUAAUACCAACAGGUGCUUUUUAUGUUUUCCGACAACUGAUAGUCGAUCGUCAAUAGAGAGUAUUUAAUGUAUUAUUGUGUGCUCCUGAUUACACUAUUAGAUAAGCUAUCCAGCAAAUCCUCUUGCAUUAUAUAAAUGUCAUGGUUUACAUUCAUGCUCUUUAAUUGAACACUGAAUUACUCUAAGUUCUAUAGCCAGAUAAUUCAUCAGUAAGUUGCGAUCAAGUUGUGAUGAGGUUCUUAUUAGAUCUACUACAGAAACUAUAAAAUGAUGUUGCCAAAAAUCCAACUAAAUUCACUCAAUAUUUCACUUUUUGGAAGGAUUUUGUCAAAUCAUCAACAAUCAACGUCAAAUUUGCUAGUUAAAUAGAAUUGGUUUCAAUUUUUGCGGAUUUCUUUAUGGAAAAGUAAUCUCCUUAAGGAUUACAAAAAACGUAAUUUUAUGAAUUCAUCUCUGAGAAGAAAAUAACAAUGGCAAGCAAAAUGGUUGUCCCAUACUAUUCUUAACUUUUCUAAUGCAUUUACUACUUAUUGUAAGACCAGCAUUAUGUGUUAUCAAAAAAUGAUAUGAUUUGUCUCCAAACCUAAAUCUUUUAUAAAAGAGCGUUGAUAGAAUGUCAGGAUUUCGAAACAGUUAAGCUGAUCAUCUAGAGAAUGGUAUUCGAUAAUGAACCUCUAUCUAGAUCUGUGAUUGAGGUGUUAAUUGAAGAAAUCAACAAAGCCAACUAUGAAAUUAUAGGGUAAUUCUUAGGUCUAGCCUACAAUCUACUUAACAUCUAUGAUUCUUAUCAAUAAGAGCGUAUUGAAUGGUUACUUGGUUUUCCAGAACCUAAUUAUCAAGACAAAUACACAACAGGUUGCUCAACCAAUUUAUCUUAUCAAAGCAUACUUUACUAAUCUCAUAUCGGUUCUCAAAAUGAUAAUCUUUCCAUUUUGAAUUUAUUAUUUGAGAAUUAAAAGAGAUUUUAAAAUGUGGCUAUCCAAAUGAUGAAGAUGGUUCUGGCUGCUGCUAAUGCAAACAAAUUAGUAUUUUCUUAUUUGGUUAAUCUACCACCCCCAUGUUAUUUAUACUCCAAAUACACAGAUUGGUUUGAAGGAUUCCUGAAUGAAUUUUUGGAUGAUUGUAAAAAGUAUCCAGUGAUAGCAACAACCAUCUUUUUCAAUAAACAAAAGGAAGUUGAAGAAACAUUCCAAUUCUGGCAAUAAUUUAAGAACUACUAUUCUUAAGUUACAGAAAUUGGCUUCUAUGAUUCCAUUCAACCAAUCUACAUCAUAGGCAACACAAUCCAGACAGAACUAGUUUCAAGUGUCGUAUAAGUAGAUGGAGUCAUCCUAGAGUGUUAUGAAUCCACUAUCCAUUUUGCUGAAUCUAAACCUACUAUGACAACCAAUAGUGUCUUCCCAAGCAACAUAUUAUAUGAUAACAUUUACUUGUAGACAGUGAAAAUAGAUGCUUCAUCAAAUAUCCACAACCUUAUCUAAAAGUAAGGAUCCUUUACUAUUCCAAAACCUCCUCCUCUUCCAAAAAAGAAGGAUGUAAUUGAUGGAAUUGAUUUUGGAACUGAUGCCAAUCCUACUGCCGAAUAAAGCAAGGCCGAAUAAGAUUCAAUGAUGCAACUAUCUCAGUUCUCAAUGGAAUUGGAACACAUCGUAGAAUCAAAUAAGUAGAGUGAGGCUAAUAAUACAAUCCCUCUUGUCUAAUUUGGAGAGACCCCACAAUAACUGAUACACUGCGAUGUAGAUAUUCAAAUUGCUCCAAUGCUGAAGAGAUUCAUGUUGAACAAUACUACCAAUCAAACCCUACAUAUAACCUAUUAGAUUACCCUUGAUCCAGAUAUUAUGGUCAAUUUUAAACAUCCAGCUAAAAUUUGCAAGGUUGUUCCUCCUCGUACUACUGUUUACUUGACUACAAUUAUGAAGACAAUCCCUUCCAUGGAUUGGGGAAUGUUCAUUGAAACCAUGGACAUUAAUUAUAAUGAUUAGACUAGCUCUGCUCCAUAAUAAUAAGCAAAGAAGCAAGUGAGAAUCGAUGAAGAAGUACAAGUCUUCAUGCCCAAUCUUAAACCAGAAACAGGAGCAAAAAUGGAUGAUCAAAUGCAAUGUCCAGUUUGUACAUUCUUACAAUCAAAUUUAAACCACUUUUGUGAAAUGUGUACUUUUGAAUUUAAGUGA